AUGAGAGGUUUCACCGUCAAGAUUCCCUCAGAGUUGUUCCACUUGCCCGGUGCCGAUAUUCAGCUGCAUGUGGACUUCCAGGACAUGUACAAUCUAUUGCGGGAAGAAGACCUUAACAUCGUCCAAAUCACCUUAUUCUCUCUGUUGACGGUCACUAUUAGCAACAAAAGGCACCAUCCUAUCCUAUACCUCUCUCCAAUGCAUAUUGCUGAGAGAGUGAUCAAGGGUUUCCAGAUAACGGACCCAGAGUUGACCGUGCGGCAGAGGGAAAAGAAGUACGAAGAAAACAUGAAAGAGGAGAAGAAGAAAUUGUCAAGGUACAUCUUUGAGGUAAUGAAGAAGCUCAACCCGGAUGGGCCGCAUUGUAUUAUGGCUGCCUACCACUUUGGAAAUGACCUAGCCGGCGGCCACUGGGUUGCCUUCCUCGUCUAUCCUCAAGAUGGCCGGGCUGUUAUAUUUGACUCGUUACAGGUACCGAACAGAAAGGGGUACAAGGCCUUCGAAGACUGCUUGAAAUAG